AUAGAAUGGUUUCAUUGAAGCCAUCCGACAGUUCAAAAUGAGGUGGAUUGUGGUGAUUCUUCUACUCAACCUCUUGCAAAAUAUUAAGUGCGAGCAAUCCUAUGUGGUCUCCAAUGAAAAGCUGGAGCCCUUUGAAGGCGAUUCUGAAACCCUGGUCAUCUUCGAUGGCCUGAAAACUGUGGGUCGCGAGCGAGCUCUGAAUGGAUCCUUCAAAUUCCUGGGUGAAAUGAACAACGACGACUUCAAAGUGUCUGUUGAGCUUUACUCCAGUCCCAAUGGCGAUGGCGACUUCAAACGAAUGGUUAUGGAUGUCCCCCAAACGAGUAUUUGCGAGUGUUUCAAGAAGUUCUACGUCCAGUUCGUGCAACCAUCCUUGAAGCAGGGAGAAACCACCAACUUCCCAAUAGUCGACGAGGAUACCUGCCCCAUUCCAGAGGGUGAUUACUACAUCAAAAAUGUCCUUUUCAACACCGAGGAUUGGCCCCAGCAAGUGCCGCGGGGAAUCGUCAAGGCGAUCGUAACAUUCUUCAGUGGAGGAAAAAAUGUUGGAGGACUAAUAGUAGUGGUUAAAAUUGAAGAUAGGCAGAGUUAGUAAGGAUCCUCAAGGGAUACAUUAUAGUAUACUAUGCAUUAUUACUCUAUGUUGCUAAUUUAAAGUCUUUGAAAGCGAAAUAUUUGUUGAAAAUGAAAUAUUUAAUAGAAUGAUUGUAUUAUUACCAUA